AUGAUUUCGUUGUUUGGCUUUAUAAACCAUGCAUUGAUUGCUGACUCUAUAAGGCUACGCCGUCUCCUUGGGAUUCCCGAGGCCACUCUUUCUAACGGCAUUGAUUCAUACAAGACUGAUAAUAAUCAACAGCACCAGCCACAGCCUUUUACCUCUCGUUUGCCCAUUCCACCACCCAAGCUUGUGCUACGUCUGGCACCUGAGCAAGUAGUUGAUGGUGCUAUUCGCCUCCACGAAGUUCCACGCCUUCGUCCCGGAGACGUAGCUCUUCAAGCCUAUACAGAUAGACUGCGAAGCCAAGGUAAUCCUGCAGACCGUCCAUAUCAAGGAGUUGAGGCUGUGGCCCCUGCGAGAGCAAAUGUUCCUGAUCAGGAGACACUCCCCGAGCUAAGCUUGGGAUCGGCAAAGACAGUCGAGACACGCAGCGGAUUUACUUUGUCCUUGGAGCCAAUGUUGAAUGACAAGGAAGCAUCUACUCUUCAAAAGCCUGAGGAGGCGUAUAACUUUGUGCGCGAUGCUCCAGAUGAAGGUAAUCUAAUCAAUGGUCCAGAUUCAUUGUUUGAAACGUAA